AGGAGCUUCCUAGCGAAGGCACGGAUCCCUUCGCAAGUGAACACGUAAGUGACUUUGAAUGUGCAGUGAAUCCUUGAAAUGGUGGCCCGUAGUGAUGUGAUCAUGGCAGUGUGCCUGCUGGCACUGCUUCUGCAAACCCGUGCCCAGACCGAGUAUAGCCUUACCUUUAACGAAGCGGCAACAGUGGUUAACCUUAACCUCCAGUCUCGUGAACUGCGGGUUACACAAAACGGUCGACUAGUGCAGCAGAUACGGCUCAGUGCAAACCUUUCGCCGGCGCCACAGCAUGCUGAAACGGCAACCGGAUUUACGCUAACGAAUGGUGAUGGUACCGUUCUAGAGCUUUCGCGCGAUGUCGACCGGAGCGACUACUCGCAGUUCUCGGUCGUGAGGAAUGCUGUACCGCGCAAUGUGGCGAUCGUGGACUGUGUUAACCUGCUCGGUAGCCAAUGGUACGGUGGGCCACAGCAGAAACAUCAGUACUGGCCAGUGCAGAAGCAGCACUAUAACCGCUACAGUAUGCUGACCAAGGAGGCGGACAAUUGUGGCGUUGGGGAUCGAUAUUGGUUGAACGCACUCGGUUCGUUUGUCCACGUGGACCAGUGGGCACCACUGUUUGUCGAUCAAAACUAUGGCCAGCCGGGCUUUUUGUGCCUCGAGACGAGGGCUAGCCUACCGUAUGACACACAUGGACCGAGCUAUGACUUCCGCUACACCGUUGGAGUAGCUUCCGAUGCAAAGGUGGCACACACCGGUGCGGUCCGGGAGCUGUUUGGCCGCCCAACGGGCCAUCCGGCCCAGUCUAUGGUUGCCGAACCAAUCUGGUCGACUUGGGCUCGGUACAAGCGAGACAUCGACCAGACGGUCGUGCAGCAGUUCGCACAGGAGAUUAUCACCAACGGGUUCCGGGGUCAGUACGAGCUGGAUGAUGACUGGGAACAGUGUUACGGUGCACUUUCCUUCAACCGCACCAAAUUCCCCGACAUCCGUGCUACCGUAGCGGCAAUUAAGAAUCUUGGCUUCGAACGAGUAACCCUUUGGAUACAUCCCUUCAUCAACAAGGGCUGUGAGCCAUGGUAUUCGGAUGCGAAGCGUCGCGGAUUCCUGGUGACCGAUUGGGCCGGUAAUACGGACACCGAAUGGUGGAAUAGUCAAAAGGGUCAAGCGGCGUACAUCGAUUUUACGAAGGCGGAAGUCCGCGAGUGGUUCACUGCCCGGCUCGACGCCAUCCUGCAGGAAUCCGGUAUCGAUAGCUUCAAGUUUGAUGCGGGCGAAUCUAGCUGGACACCUCCGGAUCCGGUGCUCAAUGGACCACUGACGCAACGCCCAUCGCAAAUCGUGGGUGAUUAUCUGCGCACGGUCGCUGCAUUCGGGGAUUUGGUGGAGGUUCGAUCGGCCCAAGCGACCCAGGAUCUGCCCGUGUUUGUGCGCAUGAUCGACAAGGACUCCAACUGGGGCUGGAACAAUGGUUUACCGACGUUGCUAACGACGCUCCUGCAGCUCAAUAUGGUCGGUUAUCCGCUCGUCCUGCCCGAUAUGGUCGGUGGCAAUGGAUACGACAAUCAGCCACCUUCGAAGGAACUGUUCAUCCGGUGGCUCCAGGCGAACGUGUUUAUGCCGAGCAUCCAGUUCUCGUACGUUCCGUGGGACUUUGACGCCGAAACGGUCACCAUCUCACUCGCCAUGAUUGAGCUACACCGCUCGAUAACGCCGGCCAUUAUGGAGCGUUUCGCGCUGGCCGUUUCAGAGGGGGCACCCGUCAAUGCACCACUCUGGUGGCUCGACCCAUCCGACCGGACGGCCCAGACCAUCUACGAUCAAUUUCUCCUGGGAGAUGACAUCAUUGCCGCACCGGUCAUCGUGGAAAACGCACGAGCACGGGACAUCUAUAUACCGCAGGGUAGCUGGACGGAUGGUAACACCGGCCAGAAGCAUGUAGGGCCAACGUGGCUACGGAACUACCCGGUACCGCUCAGCAUGGUACCAUAUUUUACGAGAAGCGCUCAGUGAACGUUGUCGUUGUCCAGGAUAUGUUUCAAUAGAAAAUAACAUUCCAGGGGCUGCCGGUUGCGAAAUAAGUUAAAAUAAAACGGCCACCGCCUCUUGUUAAAUGCUCCA